AUGGGGGCUACGAAGAGACGCGCACCUUCCAAGUCCGCGCACAAGCCUCCAGUGAAAAGAAGGGCCGUUCUGCGAGAAGCAGAGAAUGAGGCGGCGACAUCGAAACAGUCGAGCAAGAACCUUGAACGGGAAGACGAACAGUUUGAAGACUAUUUGAAAAAAUUGCCAGUCGCACAGCAAAAAGCCUUCGCCGUGGACUUAAUUGAUAGUGAUGGAAGUGAUAGGGACGUUGUGGAUGGUGAAAAAGAAGUGGUGGAAAAUGUGGGGGACGAUGAUGAUGAAGCGAAGCAUGAAAAAGAGCUUGAAGAAUUGAAGACUGCAGAUCCUGAAUUUUAUCAAUUUCUACUGGAAAAUGAUCGACAAUUAUUGGAGUUUGGGAAAGAGCUUGAUGAAACACCGGACGAACAAGAUGAUGAUAAGGAGCAACAAGAGGAUAAAACAUCUUUCAUGGGAUCGAAACUUACGAUUGAUCGAUUUGAAGCAAUUUUUAGAAAUGCGAAAGAGUCGGAAUCGACGCGUAGUUUAACUCUUUUGUUGGCUGCGUAUAGAGGAGUCAUUCGAUCAAUCACUCGAAUGGAGGAGACUGAAGAUAAUGGAAAGCUUAAAGAAGAGAAGAAAAAACAUCCGAUGACUCCCGCAAAAUUGCUUUUCCAUCUGGACGUGGAAGAUGAAGAUGAUGAAGCCUUCGAAGUGUUCAAUGAAGUCGUGUCGUCAGUAGCUCAGCAUAUUGGGACAAUGCUGGAGGUGCGACUUCCAUCAGUAGAAUCGAGUAGAGAAGACAUACGAAUUGUGUUUCCACCACCUGGAAGUAUCAAGACUGUAUUUGUGACACUCAUCAAUCAAUUUUGGAUCGAUACUACGCUUCUAUUGAAGUACUACCAGGGAAAGGUAACAGCAGAAGGGGUACAGGAAUCGAAACAAAGUGACAAAAUGACUCCCACUGAGUUAAACGAUACGGUCGAAGAAUCUCAACAAUCGGUAAUGAGCGAGUGCUAUCGUGCAUUUAUGCUUGUGGUCAAGCGACGCGGAUACUCAUGGGCUGUUGCGCCUGGUUAUCAGUUCAUUUUAAAUUGCCUGAGUGAAUUGUUACGCAGUGUUCGGUCUUCUGUUGCUUAUCGCGUCAUCUUUUUGGUCGUUCGUCAAUUAUCUUUGAUUGCGAGAAAUGCUUUAAUUGCGCGCUCUCAACAGCGAAUGGGGCUUCAAGGAGCAUCCGCUGAUGCAGCCGUUAAAGUUCGGUCUAAGCGUUUGCCGCCCUCUGCCUCGGAUGAAAAACGGUUCGACGAAGCAGAAGAAGCGUUUGAACAACGCGACGCAUGUGGGGAAAUAAGAAUGCCCGAGUUCAGCAGAAGGGACCUAGUGGAAUUGCUGCGAAAAACGAGGGUUCAGAAACCACCCGAUACCGAUUUGGUUGUUCGCUUAUCAGACGCUCAGGUCGAAAUGCCUCAA